AGCAUCAGUCCUCAACGGUGUGCCUGUUUGGGAAGCUCAAGUUCUACACCAACAACGAUGGUUGCCUUGUCGGUUCUGCUUGUCGUGUGCGCUGUGGCAAGCUCGAAAGCCUAUACCAUAAUCGGUAAGGAUGCUGUUUCGAAUGUCAACAUACAACCUUUCGAAGACAAGUUUGCAUACGGCUUUCAAGUGAGCAGAGUAAACGAUCAGUUCCAGCACAAGUACAAGAGUCCGGAAAAUGUGACCUUCGGAUGCUACGGCUAUACCCAACCACCGCCAGUUGGUGGUGAGCUUCGAAUCUACUACGUGGCCGAUCAGUUCGGCUACCGUACCGUCAACGUUGGCCAAACAAUCGUCAUCUUUCCGCAGCCUGGAAAGAAAGCGGUCGAGAAACAAUGGCACGAUCUUCCAUUCCCAGCUGCUUGCGGCGGAACAGUCGUCGACGGUAUCCCGGACGAAUCCAAAACAGAUUACGUGACUUUGAUCCCUCCCACGAAACCGGUUACCCCUAAAAACGAUAAUGAAUGCUGGCGUCCAACCGUUAGCACGGGAGGACCGUCAUUCAUCAAAAGCAUACAGUGCGAUGCAUGCGAGAAGUCUAAUGGUGGAAUGGUCACACUAUUCUAUCCGUUCCGUGUUGCAUGCAGUGAGAUGGAAAAGUUUGAGCAGCUCGUGGCACAACUAGCUGCCAAAUUUGACAAAGCAUUGUAAAGCGCAUUGCUAGGUUAGGGACAAUUGUACAUGAAGUGCAACCUCUGCAACAUUGGUGUUGUGGCUGGAUGAAGCUUAUAGAUUAGAAAUCAGUGGAGAUUUUGCCCCUUUGCUUCUUGCAAGAUUCAAUCAUUACCGUCUAAUAGUUAUAUCGCUUACCUUUUAUUACA